AUGAGGCCUCAAUUGCUCCUGACGCUGCUGCUCUGCAGCUUAGGAAGUAUAGUGGCUGCCUGGACAAAAGAAGACCACGAGAUCUUCCGCGUCCGCGAUGAGGUGGCAGCCACCGAAGGCGCCGACGUAACCUUCUACGACUUCAUCGGCGUGGCCCCCUCCGCGUCGCAAGAUGAGCUGAACAAAGCCUACCGCAAGCAAUCACGCUUACUCCAUCCCGACAAAGCUCGUCAGUCCUUCAUUGCCAACCGCGCUCGCGCAACCCCGACGCCCAAGCCUGGCCAGAAGCGCAAGCCCGGCGUGCACGUCACUAAACCGCCCUCCGAGCGUGAGAUCAAGGCCUUCGACAAGCUUGCCAACGAGCGGUUUGCCCGGCUGGGCCUUGUCGCCAAGAUCCUCAGGGGUCCCGAGCGUGAGCGGUAUGACCACUUCCUCAAGAACGGCUUCCCGAAGUGGAGGGGCACGGGAUACUACUACGAACGUUUCAGGCCAGGCGUCGGCACGGUGCUGCUGGGCAUGUUCGUCGUAGGGGGCGGGCUGGCACACUAUGGAGCGCUGUAUAUCGGCUGGAAGCGACAGCGAGACUUUGUGGACAGGUACAUCAAGCAUGCGCGGAAGAUGGCUUGGGGCGGCGAUCUGGCUAUUCCAGGUGUGCCUGCUGUCGGUGCGGGCGCCGCUGCGGAUACUGCUGCGUUUGCAGCAAGAGACUCACCAGAGCCGGGCGAGAUGGGGCUGAAUAGGAGGCAGAAGCGCAUGCAGGAUAAGGAGGCUAGGAAAGGCAAGCCUAUCAAGAAUGCAAAGGCAGCAAAGACGGCGAGAGUUAGCGGCAUCAGCACGCCUGUUGAUGCCGAGUUGACGUCCGGUCCUGUUGGCACGAAGAAGAGAGUUCAGGCUGAGAACGGGAAGAUCUUGGUUGUGGAUUCAGUUGGGAACGUGUACGUCGAGGAAGAGACCGAGGAGGGCGAGACGCACGAAUACUUGCUCGAUCCCGACGAAAUACCCAGGCCCAGCGUCUACGACACAGCUGUCUUCCGGCUGCCCAUGUGGAUCUACAAGAAGACGGUCGGCAGAGCCAUGGGCAAAACUCCUGACAUCGUACUUCCAGAAACAGAGGAACAGGACGAGGGUAGCGAGGGUGCCGCACUCAAGAGCGCGACUGCUGUAAACCAGAAUGGCGAGGCGAGGAAAAGGAAGCCCAAAGUUCGCGAGCGGCCGUGA